UUGCCGCCCAAGAUGGUUGAGAUUGACGGCGAGAGGCCCGUAGAGGCCAGCGAUGCGGCGGGCUCGAAGGACAUGAAGGAGCGGAUUGAACGCGUGCGCGCUUGCAUUGAGGCCGCCUUCUUCACCGGCAAGGGCGACAAACCCGAGGUGGUGCGGCUAUACAACAACUACAUCGACGCGAUUGGCAACAUCAUCAUCAAUUGCGAGAGCCUUGAGCGAAACUACGAGGGUGAUCGCGACCCCACAGGGCAACCAGAGGGCAGCGGCAAAAUGCGAUGGGCCGAUGGUGGCGUGUACGAAGGGGCUUGGAAGGCUGGCUUACCGGAGGGCUACGGCACGGAGCGUUAUCCUGACGGCGGAAUGUACGAGGGGCAGUGGAAGGCUGGGAAGGAGGAGGGACUCGGCACCCGACGGCAUGCCAAUGGCGACGUGUACAGGGCUGUUUUCAGGGAGGGGCAGCCUGUUGAGGGCGUGAAGUGGAGUGCCGAUGGACAGGAGGCAUGGCAGCUGAGGGAAGGCGGGGAAGUGCUGGCGAUCUCACUAGAAGAGGGCAGGUUGAUUUGCGAGCGGUUUGAUACGUGAUACCUGACAUUGUGUCAUAUGUACGAGUAUAGAAGUAUGUAGCGACCC